CUCCAGGAGGAGCCCAGACGAAGUAAAAUGGCAAGAACUAAGCAGACCGCCCGUAAAUCUACCGGAGGCAAAGCCCCCAGAAAGCAGCUGGCCACCAAGGCUGCCCGUAAAAGCGCCCCAGCCACCGGCGGCGUGAAGAAGCCUCACCGUUACAGGCCCGGUACCGUGGCUCUGAGAGAGAUCCGUCGCUACCAGAAAUCCACGGAGCUGCUGAUCCGCAAGCUGCCCUUCCAGCGCCUGGUGCGAGAAAUCGCUCAGGACUUCAAGACCGACCUGCGCUUCCAGAGCUCCGCUGUCAUGGCUCUGCAGGAGGCCAGCGAGGCUUACCUGGUCGGACUGUUCGAGGACACCAACCUGUGCGCCAUCCACGCCAAGAGGGUGACCAUCAUGCCCAAGGACAUCCAGCUGGCCCGCCGCAUCCGUGGAGAGAGAGCCUAAAGUCUCGGCCU